ACAACAACUGGAGCUCUUCAUUGAGAAAAACUGAAUAAAGAGCUUCCGAGUGCAAUCGUGUCGUCGUGUUGGAAACUACAGUUAGCGCAUCUGACAUUUGCUGUGGUAUUAAAAAUUAGUUUUAUGUAUCCAGUCUCCAACAGAAGAACACAAUGGGAGGCAUUCCAUGGACUUGGUUGAUUGUUGGUGCCUUUGUUGCCUACUUCAGCUAUACAAUGUGGACAUUAUAUAGUGUGUUCAGCCCACCAGAGUGUAAUAGUGGAGGCAAUGCUUGCAUUAAACCUUAUCUUAUCAAACACCCACAAAUGGAGCUUGAAAUAAUGGUUUCAAAAAAAAAAACGUAUGUGGAUCAGAUGGUGUCAAUUUGGAAAUACGAUAAUUUCUCCCUGUAUGAAACAGUUGAAAAAGAAGUCAAUGUGUCUAUUCCAAAGUCAACACGAAACAAUGGAACUCUGUAUCUGCAUGCAAUUUUGUAUCCUAAAGGGAAGAGUAAUUCACCAGGUUCUGAGCUUGCCCAUACCUCAACACUGAUAACAGCUUACAGUCUUCCUCAGGCUGUCUUCAUCAAUUUGUUAGGUGACAACCCAAGCAAUGAGACAACCAAGCCACCAUCGGACAAACCUCAUACUCACUGGAGAUCACGUGUCACUGUAAAUGUCAUGUCAGAUCUGAUAUCACUAGAUCGAAGGGCAAUUCCUGGAGAAAUUCAUCGCUAUCUUAGACUUACCCAAGAUGGAAAAUAUUAUUACCCAAUUAUUUUCCUGGAUGAGCUUGGCUUUCGACUUAAAGAUCUUAAGCCAGUGAAUGCAUCCAGUGAGAUUAUGCCACUGACCGUCACUUACAGCCCAAUUUCUGUUGGGAAACUUCGCAUGUGGACAAGCUUUCUUGAGUCCUUUAAAAUGCUGCAUAGCCUAGGCUUCACAGAGAAAGAUACAGAUGAAAUAAAAGGAAUCUUUGCAGACACCAGCUUCUAUUUCCUGCUGUUGACAUUUGCUGUUGCAGCUUUUCAUCUGCUGUUUGAUUUCUUGGCCUUUAAAAAUGACAUUCAAUUUUGGAACAAGAGAGAGACAACUGAAGGCUUAUCUUCAAGGGGAGUGGUGUGGCGUUGUGUCACAACUAUUAUCAUCUUCUUAUACCUGUUGGAUGAAGAUACCAGCUUGCUAGUGACAAUCCCUGCAGGAAUUAGUGCAGUGAUAGAAGUAUGGAAGGUUAAAAAAAUAUAUAAGCUCAGAGUUAUCAGGAACGGAUUUAGCAUCAGGUUUGAGUUUGGAAAAGCUUCAGAAAAAGAAAAACAAACAGAAGAAUUUGACAGUCAGGCAAUGAAGUACUUGUCCUUUGUUCUGUAUCCACUAUGCAUUGUAGGUGCUGGCUACUCCCUGGUCUAUGUUCCUCAUAAAAGCUGGUACUCGUGGUGUCUUCAAAGUGCUGUAAAUGGUGUAUAUGCUUUUGGAUUCAUGUUUAUGCUUCCACAGCUAUUUUUGAACUACAAGUUGAAAUCUGUGGCACAUUUACCAUGGAGGGCCUUUAUGUACAAGGCAUUUAACACUUUCAUUGAUGAUGUCUUUGCGUUUAUCAUUACCAUGCCAACUGCUCAUCGUCUAGCCUGUUUCCGAGAUGAUGUAGUAUUUCUGAUAUAUUUGUAUCAAAGAUGGCUGUAUCCUGUUGAUAAAACAAGGGUAAAUGAGUAUGGAAUGUCCUUUGAAGAUGACACAAAGGACAAAGGAAAACAAAAAGACAACAAGAAAACAAAAUAGCAUUGCAUUUUAGAGGGUCUGUAAUUUUUGUUAUCCCCUUAAGAAAUUAGUUUUUAUAACAUAUGAUGCAAACAUAUUAUGUAUUUUAGAAUUUUGUGUUCAGAACUGAGAUGAAACAUUGAUUACAGUUGUGACAUUUGAUUGAGAAACUCUUCAUGUAGAAAAAUGUCCACAUUUAGAAGAACCAUUCUUUUGACACAGUUUUGAGUAUAAAGAAAUUUAUUUAGUGAAAUCGCUACCCGUAUUAUUAAAACGAUAAUGAGAAGAUGCAUGUCCAGGGAUCCAUUAUGAGCUAUGUCAAAACUGAGUUUCCAAAAUUUUGCCAGUUUGAAUGUCUGUCAUCUUUUGUGUUUGGCGAGAAGGAAGAAACUUUCUUCUCCAGCUGUGUAAGAAUUAUAAAUUUGACUAUAGGUUUCUAGCUGUACAGUAGUUGUGUUCAGGAGGUCUAUCUGGUUACAGAAGUGCACGUCAGGUUCAUAGUGAAUGGUUCAGAUUUGUUUCUUUUCCAUUUUUCUUAAAGGCAUUGAUGGAAAUGCCAGAGAUCACACAAGUGUUUCCAAGCAUCUCUAAUCAAAGUUUAAUCCAAUUUUGGUUUACUUUUGGUUUACAAAAUUGAACAUAAGUAUCUCAUUGAAGUGGAAGCCUUUGAACCUGAGUUUACUUCACCCAUGAUGCAUUUAGUAUUUCUGAGUGUUUAUAAAGAUGGUCAUCUUGAGUGUGUACUAUCUUUAAGAAAUGAGUGAAAGUGUCCCCCGGAAGAACAUGGUACAAUGACUUUUAAAAAAAGGUUAAUGUUGGACUCUAUGAGCUAGACUAAUACUGUUUUAUACAGUAAAUCAGAUCUUUGCUCAUGUGAGCUAUGUCAGUAUUUCACCUGGUUCUAUUUAUAUGCAGUAAUUUGUCAAAAUUUACAUAAGAUGGCAAGAGAAGCUGUUAAAAUUGGUCAUCUAUAACAGCUGCAGGCCAUUUCUUGUGUACUAUACAUAACUGUGUAUCUCUGUGCAUGUAUUUUUCUGUGUAUAUAUUUAUAUUUGUAUGUUAGCUGUUGAAAGGUUUGCAAGAUGAUUGCCAAAGAUCAGUUUCAAGCUAAAUAUAGGAGAUACGUGAUGACUGAUGUCAGCUGUCAUGAUUUGUCAGUCCUCUCUAAAUACAAGUGUUUUUGCUUUACUUUAGAUAAAUUUGUUUAGUUACAUCACUUUGGCCCCUAGAAUUACAGGUAGCUCUGUCAUGGGUACAAAAAAGGUUCAUGUUCACAAAGAAUUUUUGUUAAUUGCAUUUUUUUAUCAUUGUUUAGAGUAACUGCAAUAAAAUGAACUUUUUUUUUUUGAUGGUUCUUGGCUUGCUUGGGUCACUUGAGAGUAUCUUGAUGCAUACUCAACCACCAUUUUUUCUCCCUUUCUUGUUUUACGCUUGUAAAAGUCUUUAUGUUACUUAUAUUCAAUUUAUAAAUGAUGAUAGUGAAUUUUGCUAACAUUAAACAUGCAGUAGUUAAGAAAAAAAGCCUAGGAAUGGGUGACUGAAAAUGCUGCUGACAACUAUCACUGUAAAUCCUAUGUGAAUAAUGAAAAUUUUGUUCAAUAUCAUCUUUAAUGUUUGUUUUAUAUUUAGAAAAAAAAAACCUAAACAAAAUCAGAAAUCCAGAAAUAUUGAACCAUGUUAUCUGUUACCCUGGCUUGAUACUAAAUGUCAAUAGAAUUAUGAAUUGUCACGAGUGUUUACUGUCAACGUUAUAGUGUGUUCAUGUUUAAUCUUUUUUUUUUCUAUUGUUCUUAAAAUAUUCUUACCUAUUUUUUAGGAAACAUGUGUAUGAUUUUUGUGUUAGAAAAUAUACAUAUUUACAUGUACAUGUGUAUUAAUGCAAUCACAUAAUGGAUAUGUUGCCUGUUAAACCACUUAUUAUGAUAGCAAGUUCCAUGAGUCCAUUGUCUUUUUGUUUAACUCCUUGAUGGUCUCAUGCGCUUAGUAGUCUAGUCUCUACCAGUCUUGACUGACAUUUAGAGGGGAUGUGUUUGCCACUCUAAGAGAAACUGUCAUCAAAGUCUCUCUAAUCAAUUCUCUAAUAAAUGCAAAGCAUUUGUG